GUGAUAUCUACAUUGGUUCACACCGACCUACGUACUGCUGUAGACAGUCAACUACACGGGGACCAAGAGGUGUGACAGUGACAUCUACAUUGGUUCACACCGACAUACUGCUGUAAACAGUCAACUAUACAGGGACCAAGAGGUGUGACAGUGACAUCUACAUUGGUUCCCACCGACAUACUGCUGUAAACAGUCAACUAUACAGGGACCAAGAGGUGUGACAGUGACAUCUACAUUGGUUCCCACCGACAUACUGCUGUAAACAGUCAACUAUACAGGGACCAAGAGGUGUGACAGUGACAUCUACAUUGGUUCACACCGACAUACUGCUGUAAACAGUCAACUAUACAGGGACCAAGAGGUGUGACAGUGACAUUCUACAUUGGUUCCCACCGACAUACUGCUGUAGACAGUCAACUAUAGAGGGAGCGAGAGGUGUGACAGUGAUAUCUACAUUGGUUCACACCGACAUACCGCUGUAGACAGUCAACUAUAGAGGGACCAAGAGGUGUGACAGUGAUAUCUACAUUGGUUUCCACCGAGAUACUGUUGUAGACAGUCAACUAUAGAGGGACUGAGAGGUGUGACAGUGAUAUUCUACAUUGGUUCACACCUACAUACUAUUCUAGACAGUUAACUGUUCAGGGCCCUUGUGGUGUGACAGUGAUAGUCAACAUUGCUUCACGCCGAAAUAAUACUGUAGGCAGUUAACUGUACAGGAACUGAUAGAUAUGGCAGUGGCGUUUCACACUGGCCGACUGUAGACGACCACUGCAUGUGGAACAGUUAUUUGUGAAAUUAAUAUGUCCAAAUAGAUUUGGAGUAAAAUGACAGCAAGGGUAGUAUCCAGUGAUGAAAAGAAACUCGCUUGGACAUCCGAAAAUGAGCAUGAAAACAUUGGAAGCUUGUGGGCUGACUUCGCGCAGAGUACAGCAUUCCAUGGAGUAAAUAAGCUUCAGUCAAGCCGACACUCGAGUCUACGCUGUAUAUGGUGGACCUUUGCAGUGUUGCUGAUGUCUGCCUACAUGUCCUAUAACAUAACACAAGAGCUGAUGAACUACUACAGAUACCCAGUGAUCACCAACACGAAGGUGGAAGUCCGACAAGAGCUUCCCUUUCCAGCUAUCACCUUCUGCAACCUGAGUCCUUACAACCUGACUGCUGCCAAAGAAACUGAUCCUUACUUGGAGAAAUAUUUCAAUGGGGUUAGUUUGCUCGGGGAGUUUUAUGGCGCAAUCAAUUGGAGUGAUCCAGGAUACGGUUCUACUUUCUCAAAACGGCAGAGUCUGGAUUGGUGGAAGAAGAUAUUCAUGAAACCAGGCGAAAUCCUCAAUUUAUGUGUUAUGAAAAGUGCCUGGUGUGUGUCAGCUAUAAAGCCGGUUGUGACCAAAAUGGGACACUGCGCAACAUUCAACUGGAAUGCUUCUGAUGUUACUAAAGUGAGAGUCACAGGCUUGGACAAUAAUCUCAUCAUAUUUGCAAAUAUCCAUCAUGAUAAAUAUGUGCUUGGUUCACAGUUGGCAGCUGGAUUGAGGGUGAUCCUCCACGACCCCCGUAUCCACCCAGACGUUGCGACAUCAUCGUUUUUAGCAGCUCCGGGCACAUCCACGUACGCAGCUGUGAAAAGAUCUACGUUCAAAUACCUACCUACACCCUACAAAGCCUUCGAUAACACAACAUGUGUGGACACUUUGUCUCCUACGUUCAACAACACACUGGAAUAUCACGACAUGUACACGUAUGAAACCUGUCUCCAGGAAUGCUUCACUAGGAUUACCUUUAACAAGUGCGGGUGUGUCAAGCCUUCGGAUGAUGGUACCUUUGGAAGGAUAUGUUCUAUCUUUGAGGAUUACUCUUGCUACGCUCCAACAUAUGGUUCCAUCUCUCAAGACCCAGAUGUACAUACAGAAUGUGGUUGUCGAAUCCCAUGUACCUUUGAUACAUACGAGACAAAGGUGUCAUCUUCUAAAUAUCCAUCCAACGUCUCAAUAAAGUACAUAAUUGACCUCGGUUUCGCUGGCAACGAAGCCGUUGUUAGGGAUAACUAUUUGGAAAUCAGAAUCUACUAUGAAAACCUCAUGCUCCAGGUAACUGAACAAAUCCCCCAGUACACCACAGAGACCAUCAUAGGGAACCUGGGAGGUCAGAUGGGCAUCUGUCUCGGAGCCAGCAUCCUGACUCUCACAGAACUCGGAGAGUUCCUCCUCCUACUCUGCUUGUUCAUCUUCAAAAGAAUUCAGGGUGGUGGAGAACUUAAGCGCAUCAAACCCAACAAGAACUGACACACACUGAUGUCCAGAAUACAUUUCUCUUUGGAUGUUUGCGGGACCAAAGAAUAACAUUGUACAUCAAUAAUGACAAACUACGCUACAAAUGCCAUGUGUAGUACAUUUCGUCUCUAAGUUUUAUAUCUCCUAUUGUAUUAAUCGAAAUAUAUUUAUUAAGUUAAAUUUUAGGCUUAUCGUGGAAACAAGGACACUCUCCAGAAACGAAUCGCAAACGUAGAUUUUUUAGUAAAUUUAUUGUACCUAAUAAAGUCGAUAUAUUUCAUUUAAUAUCAUAGAUGCAAAUAUGAAAUUUUGGAGCUCGGUAGUCACCUGUUGGCGCUGUAAGAAGGCAUUGAAAACUGUUGAUUGUCAUUUAACAUAAGGCCACAAGGAGGCGCUGAACUCAGUAUCUCGUGUGACCGCCCCGGGCAGCAAUCACGGCUCUGCAUCUCCUCGGCACU